AUGGAACAAUACACAAGAGCAGAGUUGUUGGUGUCAUCGGAUUCGAUCUGGUCUGUCUGUGAUCAGUCGGUCCACGCCUUUGAGAAGUGUAAAAUAGAGAAGGGAGAUGAGCCAGAGGCCUGUAUCAGAUACGCUAUCGCCGUUGCUGGUUGCACUCAGAAGAUAAUGAGAGAGCUCACUCAAGACUGCAGAAAGGAGUUGGAUGAUGCUGUAUUCUGCAUUGAGGAGAACAACAUGAGAUCAGUUAACUGCAACAAAGAGAUGACUAGUCUGACGAACUGUUUCUCAACAAAGUCAUUCGACAAGUUCAAAUAA